GAAGUUAGAUAUUUAUUUUUGACAUUUCUGCAUGUCACGUCAUUUGUUGUGGCCAUUUUGGUGUAUUUAAUUCUACGCCAUAAAAAAAGCAAAAAACAGUUUUUUAAUGAACCGUUGUAGGGUGUAACAUCGAAUAUACGUUUUGAAAAGAUAAUUGACUUAGUGAUACAUGAAGUUUCCCUAAUCAUCAGUGCAGCGCAAGUUCCUACGAAGUAAUUGCCUUAUUUUGAGAACAAAAUGAUCGAAUUGACCGUAAAGACUUUGGAUUCCCAAAAUCAUCAGUUUUCGGUGGAAGAUGAUAUAACAGUCGAGCAAUUCAAAAUCAAAAUAGCAGAUACAGUCAACAUUCCUGCAGACACUCAACGCAUUAUCUACUGCGGAAGAGUGCUACAAGACAGUUCCAAACUAGCCGAUUACGAUGUUCACGGCAAAGUGGUGCAUUUGGUGCAACGACCACCACCAGGAGCUUCCACUCCUCUACAGAACAGCAGAUCCACGUCCCCUCAACCUCAAAGGAGAAAUUUCAGAGGGUUCAGAGGCUUCAGGGACCUGGAGCAAGGCAAUGCCAUGUACUUGGGAUCGAUGGCUUUUCCAGGCAACCUGAUGGAAUCCCAAGGAAUUGUUCCACCGCCUCCUACACACAGCCUUUCCGGAAGUCGCCUUAAUGUCGCCCGAAGAAUGCUGAACAGAGCCGAAGCAGUGAUACGUCUGUUGGAAAACCCGAAUGCCAGACAACAAGAACAAUCGGCUACUAACGAAAACCAAGAGGAGGAAGAGGUGACGCCUGUGAUCGAAGCUCGAGUUAUCCUUCCCAGCAAUUUCGAUACCAUCGAAAAUUUGAACGCGGAAAUUAACGCAGUGGAGAAUACUUUAAACAACACAACAAGGAACGCAAACUCGUCCAGCACCAGUUCGGCAAAUGCCACCCAAUUGGGCGAAGCUUUGAGAUCGGAAAAUUCAUCGGAAAAUUUGAACGCCGAGCAAAGGCCUGCUGCUAACAACAGUUUACCCGAGAACGCUUCGAGAACGACGGAAAUGUCCGAUCUGCUGACGUUGUUGGGGCAAUUGCAGGGUAGAUUGGCGCCGUUUUUGGAAAGGUACCAAACGUUCAUGAGAGACGACCCCGAAGUGCCUGCUGAUAAUCAAAGAGAAACUCAAAUAAUGCUGAAUAGAGUAUCGGAGGUGAUGCAUUUCCUUGGACACGCCUAUCACUCCCUAAGCGAUAUUAUUGUCAGAGUUAGAACGCCGCCGCCCAGACCUUUGUUGUGUCGACCCAUUCUCAUUCAACAUUCUGCCGUGGUGCAAACCGGCAUUCCCAUACAAGUCGAGGCUCAAAUAGGUAUAUCGGCCGAUCGCUUAAAUCCUCCUACGACCAACGCGACCACAACCACCGCUAAUUCCGGUUCCGCGGAAUCCACAACCACUACCACUACUACAGCGUCGGCUAAUAAUCCAUCGACUACUCCUAGUCGACAGGGAAUAACCGUGCAACCGGGAUUCGUCAGUCUACCGUUCCUGCCGAGCACGGCUAUGAGAGUUCAAUCGUUCCCCGUCGAAAUUAGAAGCGUCAGACCGAUGACUCAGCUCAGAACCCAAACCGCCGCUCCAAACGAAGCCUCCAACGCUCCCGCUCCCAAUGCUGAGAAUACACCCAACGCUACCAAUAACAACAAUUCGAACGCCAACGCGCAAGACAACCAGCCCCAAGGCGGCUUCAAUUUCAAUCCCAACGUCGACAUCUUCAUGGAAGUCACCCCUGAAGGUAUUACAAUUGAUUCUUUGGAGACUACGCUUGUCGGUUCCUCGAAUCAAGCGAACGAUUUGCUGAGAGGCGCCCUGAACGGCCCGACGCCCGAAUUCCUGCAGUCUCUCAUGCAGAUGGCCGGCCAAAUAAUAAACAGGAACGUCCAAACGACCGGCAAUCCCGCCGGCGAUACCACUACGCAGGCUCAGACGACCCAGCAGGGCAGCACGGCCGCCGGGCAAGCCCAACAAACGCCCAGCGGGCAGAAUUCCCAAGCCAGGGGUAACACUCAAACCCAUCCUACUACUUCUACUUACACCAGGUCGACUCCUCGACCUCACGUUCACUUGGCUCAGCAAGCUAUGCAAGGCGGUUUCGAUCCGUUCCUGCCUUGUAAUUCCCAUCACAUUUCGAGGCGUAAUAGAACGCAGCAGCAGCAACAACAACAACAACAGGCUGCUAGUUCGAGUGCAGCGAAUGCGCCGGGUCAAUCGGCCGGUGGUCAACAGGCGAGAGAGGAAUCAUCCGCUUCGGGCGAUCAGAGGAACUCGAGGGAGAAUCCGAACAUUUUGAAUUUCAUAAAUCGCAUCAACGAAGUGUUGUCGGAUCAGAGGAGAGGUGGCGAGAACGUGUCUUGGCCGACUUCGGCGCCGAACGCUUCGAAUAGCACGUCUAACGGUGACGGUGGUUUGGGCGGUUUGAAUAUGGGUUCUAUCGGAUCGCUGUUCAGCGGUUUGCAGGGAAGUUUGAAUUUGCCGGACCUGCUGGGACAAGGGCCGACACUCGAGCAACUAUUGCAGCAAUUCCAGCAGGACGAUCAAUAUGUACCGGGCGAAAGCAUUAUUAUCGAUUUAAUUAUGCUAAUUGUUAGAAACCUCACGAUUAUCGACAUAUUUUCGUUGUAUAGCGGUAACGCUGAACCGAUAAAUAGGAAUAUCAACGAUAUUCAAAACUUCUUCAGGACCAGAAUCUGCGAAGAAGAUACAUCACCGGCUGGCGUCGAAAGAGCCGUCGAGAAACUUAUUAGAGAAUUGCAAUCGUUUUUGGAAAAUUUCGCAAGUUUGCCGGUGCGCAACAACAUAGACAUAGUUAGAUCAUCUGAACAAUUAUUCAGACAAAGAUUGCCGAACAUAAUCGUGGUGGCUUUAAAUUUAAAUUCAAACACUACAAGUAUAUUAGUCGAUCAGUGCAUAACCACUGCGAAACAACUCCUAGCACUCACGUUAUUAGCCAGUUCUUCGGGUCAAAGAGGAGUCGAGCAAGUGUUUGAACGUAUAAUGACUAACAUUAUGAGGGAUAUUCCUCAAGAUAUAAUAAAUUGGACAGUAGUAACGAGUCGCAUGCAAUUGCGACAGAUUCUAUCGGGCCUGAAUAUACCGGAAAGUGCUCUGCAACCUUUUAUUGUUCACAAAGCGGCCCAACCGCCACAGGAGCCGCCCCAAUCGUUGCCGACCGAUGCCCAAACCGUAGCGCAGGUGUAUAAUGAAGUAGAGUUAAUGGAUGUUGAUGUACAAGACGUACGGACUGAUUUAGUCGUUGCAGACAGUGAGCCAUUGCCAAAUGUAGUUAUAGGAUCCGAAUCGUGGCAUGGACAAGUUCCAGAGGAUUGGGUACCUAUUAUAACGAAGGACGCGCAGAAACAGAGGAGACAGAAUCCCCAAGCCGCCUUUAGCGAUGCUUACCUUUCCGGGAUGCCUAGUAAACGAAGGAAAAUCAUCAAUAGCAGUAAGCCUCACGGCAGUCUUUCUCAAGUUAUUUCUGAGAGCGUUCGUCAAGCUGUUACAGCUAGUGGUUUGACAUCCGUCGCUCCUUUAGAAGUUGUAGCGCAAGCGGCUGGGGCAUCUUCGGAUAUCCAGAAUUCUUACAGAAACCUUCUUCGAUCUACCGUUCAAAAUAAUUUGAAGGACAACGAAGACUUCCAUCCCGAUCGCUAUCCUAACGUUUCCAAUUACUUCAACAGCAAUCCGCAAUGAUGCCUAAAUAUGUGCUUUAAAGCAGUAAGUAUAUGCUUUAAAAUAACACUAUCAUUGUUUAUGUAAAAAAAUAAAUUAUCACUAUCUUUUUAGUCGAAGAGUAAUUCGUGUAAUUUUUAUUUAUAAAUUAAAAUAAACCUUUAAACAAUUAUGCUAAUUUAAAUUGUACUUGAAACUAAAUAAAUACUUAUAAUUAAAUUUUCUCUUUUAGAAUGAUAUUGAAAUCUUCAAUAGGUACCUCUAAAUUCUCCUCCUCUUCCACCUCUAAAUCCUCCCCUAAAACCGCCUCUGAAACCGCCGCCGAAACCGCCUCCUCUACCACUGAAAUUACCACGAUUGUUGUAACCACCUCCACCUCCGCCGUAUCCUCUAAAACCUACAAAGAUUAAUUAGGUAAUUCAUCAGGACACAAACAGCUAGUUAGAAAAAAUGGUCUUAUCUAAUAGAAUAAUUAAUUACCUCCUCCUCCUCUUCUAAACUUGGGCGGAGGCCCGCUAUAACCUCCGAUAGUAUGUCCUCUAGGCGGUCUUUUCGAAGCCAACAAACUCGGUUUAGCCCUUUCAAUUUCAAAGCUCCCUGCAUGUAAUUUACACAAUUCCUUUAUCGUCGAUACCACCUAAACAAAUAUGAAAUUAGCAUUCAAAAUAAGGUAAAAACCAUUUAGCCGACUAACUUUUAGAUCGAGUUCGCCCAUUUCCAAGAUUCCCUCGGGUUCCUGCGACGUUCUUAUUACGAGACUCUCCAAAGCGGGCCGCAGGGCGACGAUCAUCGAUGCCACCUCGGGAUCCAUGUCCAAAUUGAUCCAAUUAUCCAACCUAACCACGUUAUCAAUCCAAUCGACUUUGCGCGAACCGAACAGCAAAAGAUGCAACGGCGUUACCAUCGUCAUCUGUUUACAAGAGACGGCUCUCGUUCGAAUUUUCUCGCCGAAAACGAAAAACGGAUAAGGAAAACCCUGAUCCUGAUUGCUGCAAUUCACCGACGUUUUAUGUAUGAGCGCCGCCUUGCUUUCGGUCGUCAAAACCUUCCUCUUGUCUUUGUGAUAACAAACGUUCGGGUACAAACCGUAACACAUCAGCGACAUGACCACGUCCAAUUUCGGAUCGGGCCCCAUCGUUUCCAUGGGAAUCGGCGCUAGCGAUUCCUCGGGGAAUCCCACGUUGUUUAAAAUUUGCUGGAGUUGGUGCUUGGCCUCCCACGUUACCCUCAUCGUAGGCAAACUGAUGCCUUUGAAUUCGCAAAAUCUCAAUUCGGCAUCUUCGCCACCCUCUCUGGCUUGAUCCCA